AUGGGCAAAGCAAAAUCCAUGUUCUCACUAUUGCUGCUGCUCUUUCUAGAGAUCGUUAGUGUUCGAGCUCAAGGAGCAACAACAGAGUUCGUUUUCCGAGGUUUUAGAGGAAACCAAACAGAGAUUCAGUUAGAAGGAGACUCGACCAUCAAACCCAACGGACUAUUAAGGCUCACUGAUCGAAACUCAAACGUCGCCGGGACAGCUUUCUACCAAAAUCCGGUGAGGUUGCUCGACACUAAAAGAAAUUCUACAAAGGCCACGGUUCGUUCCUUUAGCACUUCUUUCGUCUUUGUCAUAAUCCCUUCAAGCUCAAGCAACGGAGGUUUCGGAUUCACAUUCACACUAUCUCCAACCCCAAACCGUACAGGCGCGGAAUCCGCGCAGUACUUGGGGCUUCUCAACAAAAGUAACGACGGCAAUCAAAGUAACCACGUUUUCGCUGUGGAAUUCGACACGGUACAAGGAUUCAAAGACAAAGACGGCACAAACCGAAUAGGCAACCACAUCGGUCUAAAUUUCAACAGUCUAAAUUCAAAGAUCCAAGAACCAGUGGUUUACUACAACAACGAUGGCCAGAAAGAAGAAUUCCAACUUGGGAGUGGCGAGCCAAUCCAAGUCUUUCUUGAUUACGACGGACCAACCAAAACGCUUAACCUCACUGUUUACCCAACAAGAUUAGGAUCCAAACCAAGAACUCCCUUGAUCUCUCGACAGAUUCCAUAUCUGUUAGAGAUUGUGAAAGAAGAAAUGUUCGUUGGAUUCACAGCAGCGACGGGGAAGGAUCAGUCAAGUGCUCAUUACGUGAUGGGUUGGAGUUUCUCAAGCGGCGGAAAAAAUCCGAUUGCGGAAACACUCGACGUCUCGGAGCUUCCUCUUCCGCCUCCGAACACGGCGAAGAAGAGAGGGUACAACGGUAAAGUCAUUGCUCUGAUCGUAGCUUUAUCGACUGUUAUAUCGAUCAUGUUCGUGUUACUCUUGAUCUUCAUGAUACACAAAAAGCGAUUGCAACAAGAAGAGAUUCUCGAGGAUUGGGAAAUCGAUCAUCCUCACAGAUUUCAAUACAAAGAUCUCUACUCCGCUACUGAUGGAUUCAAGGAGAAUCGCAUCGUCGGAACCGGAGGAUUCGGAACCGUUUUCAGAGGAAAAAUCUCAUCAUCUUCUUCUGAUCAAAUCGCCGUGAAGAAGAUAACUCCGAAUAGCAUGCAAGGUGUUCGAGAAUUUGUCGCAGAGAUCGAGAGUUUAGGAAAGCUAAGUCAUAAGAAUCUGGUCAACCUUCGAGGAUGGUGCAAACACAAGAACGAUCUCUUGCUGAUUUACGAUUAUAUCCCCAACGGAAGCUUAGACUCGCUGCUCUACAGUAAACCGAGACAAAGCGGCGCCGUUUUGUCGUGGAACGCGCGUUUUCAAAUCGCGAAAGGGAUCGCGUCUGGGCUAUUGUAUCUCCACGAGGAAUGGGAACAGAUCGUGGUUCACAGAGACGUGAAACCUAGCAACGUUCUGAUUGACGAUGACAUGAACCCUAGAUUGGGAGAUUUCGGACUCGCGAGGCUUCACGAACGCGGAUCUCAAACCCACACCACCGUAGUCGUCGGUACGAUUGGGUAUAUGGCGCCGGAGCUCACACGCAACGGAAACGCCUCGUCGGCUUCCGACGUAUUCGCGUUCGGCGUUUUGCUGUUAGAGAUCGUCUCCGGGAGAAAACCCACUGAUUCCGGGACCUUCUUCUUAGCCGAUUGGGUUAUGGAGCUAGAAACGAGCGGUGAGAUCCUCAGUGCGGUGGAUCCGAGGCUCGGAUCUGGUUACGACGGCGAAGAGGCAAGGCUCGCUCUCGCCGUCGGUUUGCUCUGUUGCCACCAGAAAGUGGAAUUUCGGCCGCCGAUGCGAAUGGUGCUUAGGUAUCUGAACAGAGACGAAGAUGUUCCUAAGAUUGACGAUAAUUGGGGAUAUUCAGAUUCUUCGAGAAGCAAUUUAGGAUCGAAAUUUGGAGGAUAUGUUUCGUCUGAUAGGGCUUCGAGUUCAUACGCUUCUUCUUCUCUCACCAGAAUUUCUUCGGCUUCUGUAAUCAGUGGAAGAUAG